ACCAAACACUCUAUCCUCUCUGAAAGGAAACAAUAUUAACUAGCAUAAUAUUCCUACUACCACGUAAUUGAACAUAUUAUAUUUUUUACAAAUGUUAGUAGCAACUGUUGUUCCCGUGUAUCGAGUUUUACUUUUUAGAGUUUAGACGUGUACUGAAUAGGUUAAUUACGUAGCUAUGUCAGCACGGGAAGAUGAAGCCACACAUCCAGAAGUGACCGAGGGUGACCCUGAGGGCCAUCACGAAUCAGUUUCGGAAAAUAAUUACGCAACUUCAGAAGUUCAGUCUGAAAGCGAAACACAAACCGAGGAUGCCCUAAAUGACAUUGAAGAUGCUGCGGAGGUUAUAACAACAAAUAUUUGUCCAACAUUUUUGACCUCAGGGGAGACUGGUCAUGUUAUGGCUGAGCAAAGCUCUACAAAGGCUCAAGAUUAUCGAGACGUUGCCAGCCAUGUCAGCGUUACAUCUGAUUUGGGUAACUCCACGGCCAGUGUUAAGAUUAUGCUAAUGCCCGAGGGACAUAUGAUGACCAUAGCUUUUACCAUUGGUGUCACUACUCGAGAACUGAAGGAUCACUUUGCUAAUGAGCUGAAAGUUCCGUCAGAAAUCAUACAGCUUUCUCUUGAUGGAAAAGUUGUGGGGAAUGACCAAACUCUCAUUGAGCUGGGGGUUCAGCCUCAUGGCACUAUUCAACUAGAGAUGACCUCAUCAGACCCUGAAAAGCACCCCAUCCGUCCAGUAAAACUCCAGCAGUACAACAUGUCAGACGUCAUCACUGUCAGAGUCCAGACAGAAGCAGACACCUAUCAGGAUGUAGUCGUGGAAAUUGAGAGGGCCACCAGGAAAAAGCCUUUUCUGGGAGGUUACCGUCACAAGAUCACCACAACAGAGUUCCACCAUGCUGCAGUACAGACCAUGCCCAAGAGGAGACCUGACAAAGGAGUGGAGACCUUCAGCCGGGACACACAAACAGUGCAGAUGAAGAGUCAGACUCAACAGUGUGCCAACAACACGUCCACCCAGAUGACCAAGACUGGCUGCUACAUGUCCAGCAUGGAGGACAAACUGAUCAGCCCUGGCAAAUACGUCACCGCAGACGAGUACCACAGCACGAGACUCAAUGCUGUGAUCACUCUGCAGACGUACUUCAGGCGUUGGCAGGCCAGUUGUUUUACCAACCUUCUACGGAUGGACAGGGAGUUCCGUCGAGUCUGGUUGGAGCAAGAUGAGGCGCGGAAAAAGCAGCAGAAAGAGGACUACAUCAAUGCUGAGCACCACAGGAGGAUGCACCCACAGAACAAGGAGGACUUUGCUCUCCUCUACAAUGCACUUGAAAAGUGGAGAAAGGAGGAAAUGGAGCAGAUCGACAGCUCUCUGAGUGGGCCUGAGCGGAAGGCUGCACUGUGCGCUCUGCUGGAGAAGGAGACACAGCUCAUUGCCUCCAUCGGCCGCCAUCGCAUCGUCGCUGGUGAGAGGAAUCAAUCGAAAGCUGUACAAGCUUUCCUGGACAAGUGUGCAGCUCCUAAAAGAUGGAAAGCGUUUGACGGGAAGGUCACUGAGAUGGACACACAGUCCACCCUCCGAGCCAGGGAACUAAGAGAUCUGUACACCAGCAUCAACCUACAGUACCUCUGCCAGGAAGAGAGACUGGACGUGCUGCUCACACUCAAACACACAGUGAAGGAACAUGACUGCAAGCUGUCCCAGGACAUUGUGGAGCUGAUCGACAGAGAGACAGAUCUCUUGGCUAGGGGUGUGAAGGAAGCCAACCUGGAGGGACUGAGAAAAAGGAUCUCCACUCUCUUCCUCCAGUACAUCAAAAACCCCACCUUCAACCCACAAGUCACCAAGCUGCUCAGGAUACCCCAAGACCCAGCCAGCCUCAGGAAGGACAUCUACUUCUGCCGUGGCUGCAACACCUAUCUGCGCUCCACUGACUUUGCCCUCACUGCUAACGCGCGAGCGGUUGGCCACUGCCGGCACUGCAGUGAGCUGGACAAUGAGGCCCGGCACAGGGAGGACUUCUCACACUACAAGAGUAUCCUUAGGCGUGUGCGCAAGGCUGAGGCUGAACACAACCCAGACGCCAAGAUCCCAUACCUGCUGCAGGAGCAAGACCUGCGGUACUUGGUUGAUGUGGUGUGGGGAGCGCAGUCGGCGCUCAGUGCGUGGAGUAACCUGCAUGAACUGACGCUGGUGCGCUGGGAUCAGCUCUGGGAGUGGAGCCCCUGGAACUGCAUCCUGCUGACCAAGGACGAAGCCACCGCUCACCUCACAGUGGACAACAUUGAUAAGGCUUAUGGUGUGGCUUUCAUCCGCUCCGUGAAGCACAGACACACGUUGGCUCGGAAGUACUUCUCCCAGAUCCCUGUGAUGGCUGAAUACCUGCAUGAUUUGGGCUCCCAGCCUGCUGCUCAUAGCAAACUACUGGUGGCCAAGCCCAUCCCCACAGUGGCUAAGAACUAGGAGAGGCAGCACAACAGAUCACACAGUAAAGCUGGAAAGUUUGCCUAUCCACACAUUAGAUGUCCCCCGCGAUCAAUAAAUCAGAAGUCAAACAUUGUUAAAACACAAAUGACAGUGAUUUUUACAGACUGCAGUAGCCACUCUCUUUUCAGUGUUGCUCUUUGUAGUCCCUAUGCACUCUUACGGACAUCCAGCUGUACAUAAAAUCGAGCCAUCCCGUUUUCAGGGUUCGAUUUUGUGAAUAUUAGGUUGUAACUUGUUGUCCGUCAUAGCCUACUACGUGUGGAAAUAGGUAUUGUUUUGUGUUUUAACAAUGGCUGCUUCUGCUCAAGUUGGUCUAUUGUGGCCU